CCACAAAUUGCCCCCGACAUCUGCAGGCUGUACAAAACUGAUACUGAGACACGCACACACACACAUGGGCGAGCGUACACGGACGUGGGUUUAUGCCACCACCCGCUGGCCGCAAAAGUAGAAAUUACUAAUACUACGGCUGGCACGAUGCUCCAUAUUGCCACCGGAGAUAGGGUUUUAUUGCCAUUUUGUUUUUUUUUUUAAUGUUUUGGCUGGUCAUAUAUGACAAAAAAUAAACAAAUAUAUAUUUCUGCUCGCUAAAAAUUAACAUUUAAGUGUCCCCGAUUAACUAUUAAAUGUGACGGAUUUGCGGCAAUUGCAAACUCGCCGCCCGCAUAAACGUGCAGCCUUGCCAGAUUGCCGGUUACGUGUUUCUCGCCCGCCAUCUGGCAACGCGCGCCUCCCUCGAUUUUCGCUUUACACGCGCAUUCGUGAAAAUGGCGGCGUUCUGGCACCGUCGCUGCCAAAUUUUUUGUACAUCAAAAUAAUCAAAAUAAAGCAUUCUUCCAGUGCUCAACAAACAGUCCGUGCGAGCGCGCGCGUGUGUGUGUGUGCGCAGGAAAAACCGCCGAUCGGGAAAGGCGUAGGAAAAGUCCCCCGGGGCAUCAAACAAAAGGCAGCAGCGAAUUAGCAAGAUAACACACACGCGACGACGACGUCGGAUGCGCCAGGAGAAAGGCGACGACGACGGCGGCGAAGGCGAAGGCGACUGAGCCAGCGCAGCACUAAGUCAGCGGAGCACCCGCUUCUCUUGGCCAAGUUCUGGGAGCGCACAGCAUGCAACAAGAACAACGGCCGCACCACCUCCUCCACAACCGCGACGACGACAGGAUGUGCGCUAGUAGUUGAUCGGAACAGGAUCGCUCGCCCACAACACACAAGAAAGGUCAAAGGAAGGGAGUCACACUCGCCAACAAAACCAACAACAUAAACAAAACAACAACAACAACAACACCACCAGCACACACACAGCACGAUGAACACCAGCCAGACAGCUGCCGGCAAUCGCAUCACUUUCACCAGCCAGCCGCUGCCCAAUGGCACCAUCAACAUAGCCGGCAAUCCCGGCGCCGUCAUAUCCACGGCCCAGCUGCCGAACACCACCACCAUCAAGACCAUCCAGGCGGGGAUCGGUGGUCAGCAUCAGGGAUUGCAGCAGGUCCAUCAUGUCCAGCAGCAGCAGCAGCAGGCGCAACAGCAGCAGCAACAACAGCAGCAACAGCAGACGCAAUCCGCCGGUCAACCGCUGCUGAACUCGAUGCUGCCGGCGGGCGUGGUGGUGGGCAUGCGCCACCAGGCGCCAUCGCAGCAGCAGCAGAAGAAUGUGCCCACCAACCCGCUCAGCCGUGUGGUGAUCAACUCGCACAUGGCGGGCGUGAGACCGCAGAGUCCAUCGAUAACUUUAAGCACACUUAAUACGGGUCAGACCCCGGCAUUGCUGGUCAAGACGGACAACGGAUUCCAGCUGUUGCGCGUGGGCACGACGACGGGUCCGCCGACGGUGACACAGACCAUAACCAACACCAGCAAUAACAGCAACACGACAAGCACCACAAACCAUCCCACAACCACACAGAUCCGUCUGCAAACUGUGCCGGCUGCAGCUGUAAGUAGAUACCAACAACAACAACAACAGCAACAUCAGCAGCAACAGCAGCAACAAUCGCAACAGCAACAGCAGCAACAAGCAACCAACAGCACUACCGCCAGCACUAGCAUUGCACUGCGCAAAACGAUUGUCCGUACAUCAUCCACAGUCCCAUCCAGCAAUAAUAACAAUAACAAUAAUAAUAAUAAUAGUAUUAUCAAUGCCACCACCACCACCACCACCACCACUACCAACAACAACAACAACAACCAGAACAACAACAAACCCGCUACUAACCAGCAACAGCAGCAACAGAAGCUCCAACAGCAGCAACACCUCAAGGCCCAGCAGCAACAGCAGCAACAUAAGCAGCAACAGCAACAGGCAUCCGCUGCGGCUGCCGCUGCAGCAGCUGCCGCCAAUGUGGCGGCCACCAUAAAGAUCAAGCAAAACUCGAUGACCAGCACGACCGCCACCAGCAACAUUAUCGUCAAUUCGGUAGCCAGCAGUGGCUAUGCGAACUCAUCGCAGCCGCCGCACUUGACCCAACUGAAUGCGCAGGCGCCGCACUUGCCGCAGAUCACGCAGAUCCAAACGAUACCGGCCCAGCAGUCCCAGCAGCAGGUGAACAAUGUGAGCUCCGCGGGUGCAGUGGCGUCGGCGGUGAGCAGUACGACGGCGGCGGCGACGACGACGCAGCAGGGCAAUACCAAAGAAAAGUGUCGCAAGUUUCUAGCCAAUUUAAUCGAAUUGUCGACACGGGAACCGAAGCCGGUGGAGAAGAAUGUGCGCACCCUCAUCCAGGAGCUGGUCAAUGCGAACGUGGAGCCGGAGGAGUUUUGCGACCGCCUGGAGCGCUUGCUCAACGCCAGCCCGCAGCCAUGUCUGAUUGGAUUCCUCAAGAAGAGUUUGCCCCUGCUCCGGCAGGCGCUGUACACCAAGGAGCUGGUCAUCGAAGGCAUCAAACCACCGCCUCAGCAUGUGCUCGGUCUGGCCGGACUCUCUCAACAGCUGCCCAAAAUACAAGCCCAAAUCCGUCCGAUCGGUCCCAGCCAGACAACGACCAUUGGACAGACGCAGGUGCGCAUGAUAACGCCGAAUGCCUUGGGCACGCCGCGACCCACCAUUGGCCACACGACGAUAUCGAAGCAACCGCCCAACAUAAGGCUACCCACGGCACCGCGACUCGUCAACACAGGAGGGAUUCGCACCCAGAUACCUUCGUUACAGGUGCCUGGACAGGCGAACAUAGUGCAAAUUCGUGGCCCGCAGCAUGCGCAACUGCAGCGCACGGGAUCGGUGCAAAUCCGGGCCACCACUCGGCCGCCAAACAGUGCGCCCACCGCGAACAAACUCACUGCCGUCAAGGUGGGCCAGACGCAGAUCAAAGCGAUCACGCCCAGCCUGCACCCGCCCUCGCUGGCCGCCAUCUCUGGCGGACCACCGCCGACGCCCACGCUGUCCGUUUUGUCCACGCUGAACUCCGCCUCGACCACCUCGCUGCCGAUACCGUCGCUGCCCACGGUCCACCUGCCACCCGAAGCUCUGCGAGCCCGUGAGCAGAUGCAAAACUCGCUGAACCACAACAACAAUCACUUCGAAGCGAAGCUGGUGGAGAUCAAGGCGCCGUCGCUGCAUCCGCCGCACAUGGAACGGAUCAAUGCGUCUCUUACACCGAUAGGAGCCAAGACGAUGGCAAGGCCGCUGCCAGCGAUCAACAAGACACUGGGUAAAAAGAAACGUGACGCCAUGGAGAUGGACGCCAAGUUGAAUGCGUCGAGCGGAGGCGCCGGAUCAGCGGCUAACUCAUUUUUCCAGCAAAGCUCCAUGUCCUCUAUGUACGGCGACGAUGAUAUCAACGAUGUUGCCGCCAUGGGUGGCGUUAAUCUGGCGGAGGAGUCGCAGCGGAUUCUCGGUUGCACGGAAAACAUUGGCACGCAGAUUCGAUCGUGCAAAGAUGAAGUGUUCCUCAAUCUGCCCGCCCUGCAGGCCCGGAUACGGGCCAUUACGUCGGAGGCGGGCCUGGAUGAGCCGUCGCAGGAUGUGGCCGUUCUGAUAUCGCACGCCUGCCAGGAGCGACUGAAGAACAUUGUGGAGAAGUUGGCUGUGAUAGCGGAGCACCGCAUUGAUGUCAUCAAGUUGGAUUCACGCUAUGAGCCCGCCAAGGAUGUGCGCGGACAGAUCAAGUUCUUGGAGGAGCUGGACAAGGCCGAGCAGAAGCGACACGAGGAGCUGGAGCGGGAGAUGCUGCUGCGGGCAGCCAAGUCGCGAUCGCGCGUCGAGGAUCCCGAGCAGGCCAAGAUGAAGGCGAGGGCCAAGGAGAUGCAGCGCGCCGAGAUGGAGGAGCUGCGUCAGCGAGAUGCCAAUCUGACGGCUUUACAGGCGAUUGGACCUCGGAAAAAGCUGAAGCUGGACGGCGAAGCGGCCAGUGCGGGAGUGGGUUCCAGUGGCGGCGGAGUGCUCAGCAGUUCGGGAUCUGCCCCGACGACGUUACGGCCGCGCAUCAAGCGUGUGAACCUGCGCGACAUGCUCUUCUACAUGGAGCAGGAGCGCGAGUUCUGUCGCAGCUCCAUGCUGUUCAAGACAUACCUCAAGUGAUCGCUGCUGUUGCCCAUCAUUCGCACCGUGUUCUCCUCGCAGAUUCUCCUACUCCGUGGACUGUCGUCGUCGUCGUCGUUGUGUCUCCAGCUUUACGAUUUCAUCCAUUUGCAAUAUAAUUUAGCCUCAAAUUUAACUGCGUCGCGUCUCCCCCCUUGUUGUUUCUUUUUUAGUUAGGCGGCCCUAUUUAAUUUCUAUAUUUACGUUUACACACUUAAACCCUAAAUUCUAAUCGUAUUUGAUUUAAGCCUAAUUUAAAGCUCGUUUAUUUCUCCCAAUAAAUUGUCUGUAAAACUUAAACCAAACCAAUCCAAAAAAAAACACAAAAACAAAAUCAGAGUAACGUAAACGAAAAGAUUAAAUAAUAGAGUGGAAUAUUAAAGUACAGAGAACGCGCAGUCAGCGGGCGUUUGAAUUGUAAUUUGUAUCAUAGUGUUUGCAUCAACUGCAUUGACGGCCUUAUCUAAACGAUAUAAACAUAAAUAUUAAUAUUUAAUUAUUUAGCUUAGUUUGUUAAACGAAAACAAAGCAUAAUUUAUAGAUAUUAAGCGAAAAGUAAGAGCGCGCGCGCGAUAACACGAGAAAUCGAAACCGAAUUACAGAUAGAUGGUUUUUAAAACCAAAAGAUCGAAACAAGUUCAGCAAAAGCUAAAGCAAAAAUUUAACAAAACACAUCAAAAUGAGAAGAGAAAAGAUAUCCAUUUAAACAUUAAAACAUUGAAUUAGUUCUAGUUGUUUAAACAAAGCGAUGUAAUUUUUAAUUACCCAUUAUGUAUAAACGGAAACCAAUCGUUAGGCAAGACCACAAACAAAUUGUAAAUACAUGCUAGGAUACGGUUUUUCUAAUAGAUAACUAGGUAAACGCAAACGUAAUUAACGAAUUCUCGAUGGCUAGGAGCGGUGGGAACGCAGAGAUCUUAGUACACCGAUAUAAAAUAUGUUUUAGUGGCGCUCGUUCAUCCAUUGAAAACCACGGUUCCCCCAAAUCCCAAAACGACCCCGAUCCAACCCGGCCUACACACACAAAAUAGACAAAUUUUAUACAAUUAGCCGGUUAAAUCUUGUAAAAUACAAUCCCAAAACAAAAGAAAAUUAUAACAAAUAAAUUAACAAUUGAUGUAAUUCAAUAAAACUAAGCAAAAAGGAACAAUUCUAAAAAAAUUCUUUGUGUGUACAUUAAAUUAAUAUUGAAAAACAAAAAGCAGGCAAACGCAACCGUAAACACAGCGCAUAGUUUGGUAGGCAUAUAACUGAAUAUAUAUAUAUUAUUAUUAUUAUUAUGUUUUAACAUUAAGCGAAAAAAAAUAAAAGAAAAAAUUCAGAAAACUUCAACUGAGCACGGAAAAUUGUUAGUGGGGAAAAUGCAGAAUUAAUUCGAGUGCGCAGUGUUUUCUUAUACAAUAUAUUAUUUUAUGUCGGAUGGAUUUUGUAACGGUAUCUCAGUUAAUUAGCUAGUUAAAUAAUUACAAUUUAUGUAGUUGAAUUAAUUAAUUUUAUUGCUAUUUUUAUAUUCAUUUAUUAUGUUAAUUAAUAUUACUGAAAUUUUGUGUAGCCCCAUAGAAUGAAAAUCUAACACAAAAUAAACAGAACCAAAUUCACGUUUGGAUUCAACUAGAAA